GGCGGCGUGGACGCUGGCCAGCAUGGCCAGCUGGGUGUUCUGUAACCGCUGCUUCCAGCCCCCCCGCCAGACGGCGUGCUUCAGCCUGACCAACUGCGGCCACGUGUACUGCGAGGGCUGCCUGGGCAAAGGUGACUUUUUCCUGUUCUCGGCUGCAUUGGACCAGAAGAGGGAGAAAGAACGCCCCAGGUUUGGGCUGGGUAUGCUGCCUGGAAGGACAAGGGAUGAGGAGACUGCCAUGUUGACGGGUCGGCGCUGGGCUCCAGGCUGGUUAGUGAAGAAAUGAAGGUCAGAGGGUGUGAGGACGUGGCAGAGCCAGGGUGAGAGGCUCUGCUGCUCGCACAGGAGAGCUGGAAGCAAGAAAGGUGGACGAGGAGGUAGGAGCUCUGAGUUUUCUGACACUGGGUGCUCUGAUGGUCCAGGCUGUGGUUGUGGGAGAAGGUGCCAGUGUGGAGGGCAGGCGAGGCUGACGUUAGUGGCCAGCCCCACAGGGGUGCAGGUCUCCAGGGUGAUCAGUAGAAUUUCACGGAGAGGAAGAUAGUGAAAUGGGUGCUAAGGUCACUGGGGUCUGGGGCAGAGACCCCAGAAAAGGGCGGGUGAGUUAGCUGGAUGCUAGCAGGCAGGACAUAGUACCCUUUCAUUCUUAGGUCCUCGCACUGCCUUCCAGGGAGCUCAAGACACACUUAGAAAAAGCUUAUCCGGUGCGUGGAUGCGUGACUGUCCAUGGUGUUGCAGGACUGAGGCCAAGGCAGCACACAGCUCACUUCAUCUGUUAGGUAAAAAGGACGAAUGCGUGAUUUGUAAAGUUCCUUGUCGUACAGUGUUACUUUCAAAACACACUGACUCAGACAUCCAGGCGCUCUUCAUGGGCAUUGACGGUCUGUGUAAGAAGUACUCGAAGGAGACCUCGCAGAUUUCAGAAUUUCAAGAAAAACACAGGAAGAGACUGUUAACCUUCUAUAGAGAAAAGAUUUCUAAGUUGGAAGACUCCCUCCGGAAGUCAGUGCUGCGGAUCCAAGAGCUGCAGAGUAUGAGAUCAUCACAACAGACGGUUUUCAGCACAAUAAGAAAUUCAGUUUCAACCCCUUCAGCACAGCCACAUGGGUGUCCGUUCCUGCCACCGGACUCGUCCGCCUCUGAAAGAGUGGAGUCCAUGGAAGUUGACCUCACUCCUUCCCCACUGAGGAAACCUGAAAUAGCAGCUGGCCCGACGAGAAUCUCCCUGAUUAGUCCACCGCAGGAUGGACGCAUGGGCAGCGUCUCCCACGGCCCUCAGCACCUCGGCCUGACGCCAGGUCACAGCAGCAUGCCACAGGCUCUCAGGAUUCCAUCGCUGCAGAUCCCCUGUAAGGGCCCGUCCCACACUCCAGCCCCCCAGGCACCAGGCAGAGCGGGAAGCAGGGGCUCGCCCAGCCUUGGGGGCCCCCGGGCCCCAGCCCCCCGGCAGCCCAUCAGCAUCUCAGGGCUGCUGCAGAGGCGGCACGCAGGGUCUGCUGCCGUCCGGGGGUUCGCACACGAGAGGUGAGCCUGCUCCUGCCUGUCCGCGGAUUUCAGUUCUUCAGCCUGCCUGCCAGCACGCCUGCGUUAGGCGGUAAAUGGAAUUGUAUGUUUUUGCUUGAUGGAAUAAUUAAUACAACUGAAUAAAGCAUUUUUUGAUUAUCGGGGGGCAGCGUAUAUGUCAUACAUUUGAAACUUGGGUCUUCUCCGAACUUCCUUAAAAUGGUGUUGCAGCAGAGUGCACACCUGUGUCCGCUCGUGGCUGGGUUUCUGAUGGCGGCCCUCGGGCUGGCAGGAGGGUCUGUGGCAUGGGACGGCUGCAUGGCUCAGGCAAGCCCUGUGCCCUGGUCGUCGGUCGUCUGGACACAAUUCUGUUACGUGAUGCUCAUGACUCAUGUGACACCGUGUUUGCGAUGAACCUGCCUCCCAGGGUGCAUUUUGUGCCUGACUUCUCCCCACCAGGCGGGCGCGU